AUGAGUGGAUUGGCCGAUGCCUCCUUUUGGAACUACCCCGCCUCCAAGAAAACAUUCUUUCACCAGAAAUUACAAUCUGGCACUGCGCUUUUGGCUUAUGGUCAGUUGAACAAGCAAAAAGCUCCAGACAAGACUUCCUAUAGUAUGGGUUCCAGCAACUUGAGGCCAGGCUCAGCUCACUGCCCACCACAAGACCUCAUAGCAGUUUGCCUUUUUACAAAGCGAAGUUAA